UUCUGCAGUCGCCCGGGCCUGUCGAGAGCCGCAAGUGAAGUGUCGCAAAGCAGAAAGAAGGCGCGAGUCCCGACUGCACACUGAGGAAAUCUAGGCAGUAGAGGCUGCUAUGGCGAACGCUCCGUGGGCCGAAGUCUGUGAGAAAUUCCAGGCGGCGCUGGCCUUGUCACGGGUGGAAUUGCAUAAAAAUCCGGAGAAGGAACCGUACAAGUCCAAAUACAGCGCCCGAGCGCUGCUGGAAGAGGUCAAGGCGCUGCUCGGCCCCGCGCCUGAGGACGAGGAUGAGAGGCCUGAGGCCGAUGACGGCUUGGGUGCGGGGGACCACGCCCUGGGGCUGCCAACCGAAGCGGUGGAGGCCGAGGGGCCCAUCGCCCAGCAGGCGGUGAGGCUGGCGGUUAUUGAGUUCCACCUCGGCGUGAACCACAUCGACACUGAGGAGCUGUCGGCGGGGGAGGAGCAUCUGGUGAAAUGCCUGAGGCUGCUGCGCAGGUACCGGCUCUCGCACGACUGCGUCUCCCUCUACAUCCAGGCGCAGAAUAAUCUGGGUAUCUUGUGGUCUGAAAGAGAAGAAAUUGAAACUGCACAGGCUUACCUAGAGUCAUCAGAAGCACUAUAUAAUCAGUAUAUGAAAGAGAUUGGGAGUCCUCCUCUUGAUCCUACAGAGCAUUUUCUUCCUGAAGAAGAGAAACUUACUGAACAAGAGAGAUCAAAAAGAUUUGAGAAGGUUUAUACUCAUAACCUGUAUUAUCUGGCUCAAGUCUACCAGCACAUGGAAAUGUUUGAGAAGGCUGCUCAUUAUUGCCACAGUACACUAAAACGCCAGCUUGAGUACAAUGCCUACCAUCCUAUAGAGUGGGCUAUUAAUGCUGCUACCUUGUCACAAUUUUACAUUAAUAAGUUUCAGGACAACAUAGGAGAGCUUGAUCUUGAUAAACAAUCUGAACUCAGAGCUUUAAGGAAAAAAGAGCUAGAUGAGGAAGAAAGCAUUAGGAAAAAAGCUGUGCAGUUUGGAACCGGUGAACUGUGUGAUGCCAUCUCUGCGGUAGAGGAGAAAGUGAGCUAUUUGAGACCUUUAGAUUUUGAAGAAGCCAGAGAACUUUUCUUAUUGGGUCAGCACUAUGUCUUUGAGGCAAAAGAGUUCUUUCAGAUUGAUGGUUAUGUCACUGACCAUAUUGAAGUUGUCCAAGACCACAGUGCUCUGUUUAAGGUGCUUGCAUUCUUUGAAACUGACAUGGAGAGACGGUGCAAGAUGCAUAAACGCAGAAUAGCCAUGCUAGAGCCCCUAAUUGUAGACCUGAAUCCACAGUAUUACCUGUUGGUCAACAGACAGAUUCAGUUUGAAAUUGCACAUGCUUACUAUGAUAUGAUGGAUCUGAAGGUUGCCAUUGCUGACAAGCUAAGGGAUCCUGACUCACACAUCAUAAAAAAAAUAAAUAAUCUCAAUAAGUCAGCACUGAAGUACUACCAGCUCUUCUUAGACUCCCUGAGAGACCCAAAUAAAGUAUUUCCUGAGCAUAUAGGGGAAGAUGUUCUUCGCCCUGCCAUGUUAGCUAAGUUUCGAGUUGCCCGUCUCUAUGGCAAAAUCAUCACUGCAGAUCCCAAGAAAGAACUAGAGAAUCUGGCAACAUCACUGGAACAUUACAAAUUUAUUGUUGAUUACUGUGAAAAGCACCCUGAGGCUGCCCAGGAAAUAGAAGUUGAGCUAGAACUUAGUAAAGAGAUGGUUAGUCUUCUCCCAACAAAAAUGGAGAGAUUCAGAACCAAGAUGGCCCUGACUUAAUCUUUGUUUUUAAAGAAAGGAAAUGUGCAAUAUGAAAGUGAUUUUGUCCCCUUAGACAAACAGGCCCAAUUCCAUUGUAAUAUUUACCUAUAUAGCCAGAUGAGUGCAGUUUGAGCUUGAUAUACAGUCAGAUGAACCGAGUCUUUGCUAGGAUCUUAAUCAACAUAAAGUUAAUUA